UUUACGUUUAGUUUGCAUUCCUUUGCAGCUUUGGUUCCGAUUUUAGUUUAGAUUUUCCGUUUUCUUUAUCUUUCUAAUUUGUAAUUUCCAUCACGCCGCUGCAAUGGCAGCAGCCGCUCCAGAAAAGGAAACUGCGCUCAAAAAACGCAUCCUACCCCGCGGUUUACAGAAACUCAUCGAGCAAUGUUUGAAAAUUUACCCCGACCAAACGAACCCGCUGCAGGUGACGACCGUGCUGAAGUAUUGGCUCGGCGGACAAGAUCCGUUGGAUUACAUCAGCAUGUAUCACAAUGCCGGCGAUCCGGAGCAAAACAUCCCGCCCCACUGGCACUACGUAAGCUUCGGUCUGUCCGACCUACACGGCGAUGGGCGGGUGCAUCUGGCAGACACUUCCGGCGGUCUUGAGCCACGCUCUGGCAUGGGCUUUGAACUUACCUUCCGGCUGGUAAAGUCCCCCGACGCGGCGGCCAACGAGCGGCCACCGACCUGGCCCGCGAACCUGCUGCAAUCGCUCGCCAAGUACGUGUUCCAGUCGGGCAAUCGGCUCUGCACCGGCGACAACAUCCCCUGGCGUCGAUCGCUCGACGGAAGCAAGGACAGCAACACGGCCAUCCAGCACAUGCUAAUAGCGGAAGACCCUCAGCUCCCGCGGACGGAAACCCCGUUCGGUUGGGUGGACUUCCUGCAGAUCGUGGGCGUGACGAGCGAGGAGCUGGAACAAGCGUCCCGCUGGAACGGGAAGGGUAUGUUGAAUCUGCUGACAAAAGAUCCGGCCACGGGCGGCCCCUGGCUGAUCACGGAUAUGGCCCGAUCGAGCAGCGUGUUCGAGCAGUUCCCCGAGACGCUCCGCCAGCUCGAGCUAGAUCUGGAAAAGGAGGGGUCCGAUCUGGCCGGUGUGAAUGCGGACUUUACCUUCAAAGAGCUCGCCAAAGGUGCACUCACCGUGGCCGUCAAAAAGGAGGUGCUCGAUCCGGACGAAGACCUGUCCCGCUCCAUCUCGUCCUGCAACAUUGCGGUGAAGGAGGAAGCGCCCGAAAAGGAUACGCUGGAACAGUCGACCGGUUCGACGUCCUCGGAUAUGGUGAAUCCGUUCGACAAUCCGAACAUUCCGUCCCGUGUCUUCCCGCUGACCGGCAUCGAGCUGACGCUUGCACCGUACGCCGCCAAAUUCCUCAUGCUUGCCGUGCGCGAUCGCAUCCGGCACGGGCGACACUUUACCUUCAAGGCGCAGCAUAUGGCCGUCACGUUCGUGGCCGAAUCGGUGACCGGCUCGAUCGUGAACCGCCAAACGCCGUACGCGGUGCUCGGCAGCUGGGUGCAGAUACUGAUCCCGAACCGGCUGGUGCCGCGCAUGGUCGAACGCUUCGGUGAGCUGAGCACGCGCAGCGCGGACGGGCUGAAAAUUCCACUAACGUACGAAUGGCCGGAACAGAAUCUUAAGUUUAUCAUCGACAAUCCGCCACCGGAGCUGCUGAACCAGCAGGGACCGAUACUGGCGUAAUGGGGAUGGCAUUUUCCUAUCUUUCGAAUGGGUAUUACUACUUACGAGUGCCUUGAUAUUGCUGCGCUUCCACCCAACCACAGGAUUGGUGGUGCGCAGGUUUAGCUUUAGUUCGUACAAGUGAAACUCUGACAAUUUCUUACUCCUUUGAACUCAAUAAAAAUCUCAGCACUUUAGUUCUGAUAAUGAAACUUCA